AUAAAUUCGAGCAUGGACCCGCGAGGACGAACGACCGAUAGAAGCGCAAAGCCGCUGGCAAACGUCAUCGACCUCAUCUCGUCGUCCGACGACGACGACGACGGCUACGUCGUUGUCAACCCACCAGCAGCCCGCCCGCCAGUAGCACGAGAAGCGCCUUCGCCGCGUCCUGCGUCAUCGCUGCGACCAGUACCGUCGCCACCAGCACUGCAAUUAUCACCGCCGCCAGCGCAGCCACAGCAACGAUCGGCGCCGCCAAGAGUCUUUGAGUGGACGCCCGCUGUGCUCGAAGUCCUGUCUCGACCGCUCUUAUCCCGAUGCUUUGACAGCGUCGUGUACAAGAGCAGCGACUUUGGGGCGCCGAAAGCAUCGCGCACGGCCCUCGCCGAUGGAGAAAGGAACGUCGCAAAGCGUGCGCUGCUUGUCGCGCCAAGUGCCACAGAAGGCAACCCCGCCAAGCGGCAACGUGACGACGCCUGCCCACCGCCUGCCCCUAGCGCAGUGCUGCCGUCCCCGACGCCUGCAAGUGCGGCGACCGGUGCUGUAGCGGCCGACGCGGAAGGCAAGCCCGCACCCGUUGUGCCGGGAACUCCCGCCGCGCCGCACGUGGUCACGGUGAAGCGCAAGAAGCCUGGACAUCUUUCGACAUCGGCGAUCGUGUCAAGCCCCGUGACCAAGCCUCGACGGGCGCUGCCGCCGCCACCGCCCGUCGGCGAGUGCUCGCACAAGAUGCUCCACUUUGUCCAGACAUGCGAACUCAUCAACGACGAAGACGACGUCGAUAUCAGCGGCUCGGCGGACGACGACGCGGUGAUGGUAAUCGACUUGGACGACAUUCGCACCACUGUGUGGGACGUGGUUGACCUCACCGUCGAGUCCAACGACGAGUCCGACGACGGGUACGAAGCCUACUCGACCGAAUUGUACAAGUCGUCUUCCGACGACGACGACAGCGACAUGGACCCGGCGUUCACCGACUCGCCGAAAAAGAAGACGAGCACGAAGACAAGGAAGCGCGUCGACGGCGUCUGCUUCCUCUGUGACAAGCCCGCCGACGGGACCAAGCCCGGUGUCUAUUGCGGUGGCUGCGAGCGCGUGUACCACACGGCGUGUGCGAUCGAGUAUGGCCAAGAGGCUGUCUGCUGGGAGUGCGAAGAGCGCGAAAUCAUCGACGACGACGAGCUCUCGGAGACGGACCGCGACCGGACGCACGCCAUGUUGCAUGGGCUCCGCGAGGUCAAGAAGGAGCCGGUGGCCAAUGCAGCGAGUGCGCGUCCUCGGGUCGUCGAGGGGUGGCGCCAGUUUCUGGACGAGCACACGGCGCCGUACCACGCCGACUUUGAGCGCUUCACGCGCGAGAUUGAGAACCGGACGGGCUUCUCCACGACGCUCGAGGCCGACUUGCAAAAGGUGUUUUGCCACUUUGCCGACCAGCAGAUCAAGGCCGAAGCGCUCGAAGCCAAGCAGCAGGCCGCCCACGACGCCCCAAGUGACCCACCGCUGCUCGCGACGACGGCCGCCGCAGUUGCCACGAUCUUUCCGAGCAACGACGACGACGACCGUCGCGUGCCGCCCGCUGCGCCCGCGCCGAUCUUCAAGAUGACGAUAGUCAACGGCCUCACCAAGCUCGUCGAGCAAGCGGAAGCCGACAUGAGAAAUGCAAAGCUCCGGGCGCCCGAGAAGCGCUCGGCGGCCCCGCGCGUGUUUGCCGUGCGACGAGAGGUGAGCGGCGACGGGUCGAAUGCCAACCCGAUCACGCUCAGCAGCGACAGUGAUGACGAUGACGACGUGGCGCCGAGACCGGUACGAGGAAUGCGCGCAGCAGUACCCGCGAUGCACUGUGUGGCCGCCGACCUGACCGUCUCCGAUAGCAACGAAGAAGGCGCGAGUGAGCCAACAGGGGCGGCGGGGACCUACCCCGCCCCGCCGGUGCUGCCCACCGUCGCUUUGGCACCGGCGUUUGCACCAACACACACACAAGAAGCUGAAGAUUCGCGGGGCGUCAACACCGACUACCCGGCGCCUCCCGUAGUCGGAGUCGGUCCGUGUCGACGAGUCGCACCGAAAGCGUCCGAUGCCACGUACCCGAGUCCACCGCGUCUGUCGCCAGCAACGGCCGUCAGUGCGUCGUACCCAGGGCCACCGAGUCUCCCAGUCGUACAAGCUACAGACGACAUGUCCUACCCAGCACCGCCCGUCGUUCAAGUUGCGCCCAAACCAGCGAUUGACACGCCGUUGGAGGCGGACGGCGAUGCUUUGUACCCUGCGCCACCGAGUCUGUUGGUCAAGAACCCAGCGAACAACCUCGAGCACCCGCGAGGUGAGCUCCCGCAGACGAAUUCCCUUGUGGCACGUGCCAACUCCGACGAAGACGCCUACCCAGCGCCGCCGACCUUGAUGGCACGCGUCGACGCCUCGUCACCAAGUACUGGAAGCCUGUACCCAAGCCCACCGCGUCUGUUGCCGACACCUUCCACUGGGUAUCCUGGGCUCCCGGUCGAAGCAGACGACGUGCUCUACCCGGCGCCACCGGCCAUGGGCACAAGAACGUUGGAGGCUGCGCCGCGUGUGCAGCUGGAGGCCGAUGACGGCGAUGCGUCUUGUUACCCAGCACCACCAAGUCGAUGCGUCGUGGGCAAGCCGGAUGCGGUCCCUCGUCCAGCUGUUGAAGAUGCCGACCCAGCGCCGCCGACCUUGAAGGCGCGUGCCGACGCCGCCUCGCCAAGCGCAAGCGCCGACACCACGUACCCGAGCCCUCCGCGGUUACGAGCGGCGGUAACACCAACUAGCGCAUCGUCGCAGCGCCCAUCGCGAUCGCUUGACGUCGACGACGACGUGCGGUAUCCCGGUCCGCCGCGUCUACCUCUGGUGGGGGUCGUCGCUGCAGGCGCCUUGGCACCACGCCCGGCCGACAGUGCGUGCGACAACCCGCCCCACGUAUCCUCUCGCGACCGACCCACUGCCGCCUUGUACUCGGGGCCACCACUGUAGCCAGCGUGUGCUUCGGUGUGUUGAGUAAGCCGAAGCAUCGUGCAAGUGUAAUAUGGAGCUCUAUGUGAGGGUGGAGGGUGUGGGGUAU